GAAACGGGAUAGUUAGGAACAUUCUUUUGUCUCCUUGAUAGAAUUAAAUGUUUUUGCAAGUUUCUGCUAGCCGGUGACGUGAUGAUCGACGAAUUUUGUGGUUUUAAGGGGUGAGGGCUGGAAGGUGUUCGUAUUGAAAGCGAACGGGUCUAGGGCGAGCGAUUGAGCAGAUUAUAACAAUGAUCAGCGGCAAUAUGUCUGCUUCAAGAUUCUGAGUCUGGAUAGUAGCUACAACCUUCGUCUUUAAGUUAUUGCCUUGAUGACGAGAAAUAUUUGGUGUGGUUGCAGUAUUUCAAAUGACACGGCAAACCGAUUCCUUAAUUAAGCGUCCGUUCCUGAUGAUACUACCACAACGAUAUUUAAACGUCCCGACCCGCUCGAAGGCAGGGUUUGCAUCCAUAGUGCCUCGCGAGGAAUGCGAUCCCAGCCCCGAGGAGUGCAUACCAUAGCUCUUUCAGGUAUUCAUGGAUGAGAGUACUGUGGCGGUUUCAACAAGACUCGGAACAGGUGGAAAAAAACGAACUCGCGCAUGCAAGUGAUUGAACUAUUCGGCAGAUGAAGCAGAAUGGGCAAUGAUAUUGAAACUGUCGAGGCCCGUCCAUUCGAAGUUACAACCCUUUUUACUCGAAGAUGGACAAGUAAGUUCCACCAACUCGAUUAUGUUACAAUAGACAUCACUUUCGGAGAACUUGGAGAGUCUGCUCCCAAGAGAGAUGUACAAAGAAAGAUUUGCCUUCUUAUACCCAAUCUCCUUACAGAAUUCGAUUUGACGGAGCUAUCAUAGGGGCAUACUAGAAAAAACGAGUACGACUUGUAAGCUCAGGUAUUUUUCCAGCCAAGUAGCAUAUAUAAGAUUUAUGUGGAAGCUGGUGGCAGCCUGUAGCAAGGCAUAACAUAACACAGUACGGCAGAGACAAUCAUGUAGCUGAUCCAUAAUUACCCUGCUUUUCUAACCCUUUAAUAUUCAGCGUCUAGGAUUUACUCGCCUCGAGAAUUCAAAUGAAAGUCAUUACGCAUUGCAGGUGCGCAAUCAAUAGCUUCAGCUGCACGAAUUCAAAAUUAAAUGCAAGUUCCGACGAGAAGCCAUUAUACCUUGCAGGCAUGCAGCAAAAUGCUUCCCUACCAAUCAACCAAAAUCUGGCUGGCCAACAGACGGAAGGUAAAGGUAACGAAUACACCAGACGAGUAUUACAAAGUACAAAAAAUUCAAUUUUUCUGGACGGCACACAUCAGUUCAGAGCGGCAGGCAGCCAUCAGCCUCAGCACUACUCCAUGGGCUAUACUACUCUAUAACUAUGGUGAGAAGAGGUUGGCACGCAUCUUUAUGGCUACAGAACGCCACUUGCAUGUAAAAUGCGCGCAGCAACAUCGGUCCAAAGGUUUUUGCUUUGGUUCGCAGGACAAGUGAUUGAAUCUGACUCCUGUUCACGAACUUUGGCGAAGGAGUGGGUAACGUAUAAAAUGACGAACACUGCCAUUAACUAGAACAGAGAAAUGAAAGUAAAUUUUCAUAGAUAAUAUAAGCACUAGUGGACUGUCUUUUCUUAUCCACGAAUAGUAACGAAAGGCCAUCGAGCCAGAGCAUACAUCACUUCCAUGUGAUGAAAAAGGGCUACUUAACAACACAGAACUAAUAAAAACCUGACAUCUAAACUUCAACUGCGAAGCACCAACAUCGAGAGAACAACCCCAUCUCGAAAGGAAAAACAAGAUCCGAAACGUAAAAAGAAUCAAACCGAGCCCCAUCACUCACACACGCAGCGCAGCCUCCGCUAUCGGUGUUACCAUCCUGGAUCAUAUCCCUUGCAUCAACCAGAACGUCACAUUGCCAUCACUGAACUUUAAACUCAGAAACCCCGCAUCGAAUGACAGGGAACAAGCAAAAACAUUUGUCUCAUUAUACACGAGGGUUGAUCGUAGAGUGCCGCGAGAGCUGAGGAGAUGAAAUUAGGGAGGGAGAUAAGAGUUGUACCUGAGUGGACGGGGAGCUGAACCCGAGACGUGCCAUUACACAUGAAGAGACAGGAUGAGCGUUUGUAGUUCCAUUUUUUGCUUUAACUGCCAGAAUAAAGAAUAUUGUUGGGGUGGGUUAGUACUAAGGGGGCUUCUGUGGAGAACUAAGUGAAGUUUUGGUAGAUGGGUGAAGACUCUGUGGAUAAAUCAUGUUGUGGGCACGAAAGACCAUCUGUUUAGAGUGUUUUCCCAACAGCAACAUAUUUGAGGAAACCACGUCCAGACACCACAGGACGCUACGAGAGCAAGUCAUUUAAAGCUAUAAAUCCAUCUUCAUGGCAAAUCUAAUGUGAUGGCCUGCUUAAGAUGAAAUUGAAGAUUAGAAAAAUGAGAUACUGUUUGUAUGAUGUGACGAUAGGAUCGGAAGAAGAGACUGCAUAGCAUCAGUCAGUCAGGAAUGAAAAUGAAAUUUUCAAGAGGAUGAGAUUCCACAUUACCGUUAUCAAAUAUCGUGCCAUUGAAUGCCGCGGUGCCUGCACGAAAUCAGAAAAACCCUGACUUAGA